AUGCGCUAUAUAGAAGAGUAUCCGGAAUUAGAAGUGCAAUUCAAAAAGAUUAUACAACGAGUUCAUGAUAAAAGUGAAAAAAGUGUUAUACAUAAAAAAAGUUCUAUACAGUGUGAAGAUCUGUUGAAGGAUUUUGAGAAGGCUGAUGAGGAUGAUAUGAUGUUUUUAGACAUUGAAAUGCCAGUUGACGAAAUUGUGAUAAACAAUGAAAUCCCGGUUAAUGACACAGACCGAGAAUAUGAAACAGCGGCUGAAAUGCCAGUUGACGAAAUUGUGAUAAACAAUGAAAUCCCGGUUAAUGAGCCUGAACGGGAAAAUGUACCUCUUGAAAAAAAUGACAUGGCUAACACAGCCCGAAAAUAUGAAACAGCGGCGGAACUGUUUGCCAAUGCACAGUUGGAGAUACAAGAAAAUGAACCAGUUGAUGAGGAGUUGGCUAAGUUUUUUGCAGAUCUAGAACAAAGUGCUCUUGAAGAAAAUGGACUUAAAGAAAUAACGUAUUCAGAAAUUAAAAAACCUGCAAUUACGUCGGUGAAAAUAUUACCACCAACUAAACGAAUUACAAUGAAUUCUAAAAAAAUAACAGCCGUAGAUGAUGAUGAAGAACACAGUAAAGAUUACAAUACAAAAAAAGAGGAUCCAGUAUUACCUAUUCGAUCCGGGAAACACGGAAAAAAAAUAAUAGCCGUAGAUGAUGAUGAAGAUGACGUGGUUAUAUUGAGCCAAUCGUCAACGUCUUCGUCAUCAUCAUCGUCAUCGGGGUCAUCGGGGUUAUCGGGGUCAUCGUCAUCGUCAUCGGGACCACCCCCGAUUAUGAACGAAGAUAAUGUUGCUGAGGAGUAUGAUAAAAAAAAUAAAUAUCGGGCUGAAGCAGGGUCUUCAAAGCCCCGUGUCGAAAAACUUAAAAAUGAUCCUGUAGAUAUUACAGAUUUCUGCGUUGACUGCGAGGGAUAUUAA